AUGGAGACUUUGAAUACCAGAGCAGCUGCCGUGGCUUCAGAUAUUCUUACUUCUCAGGAAUCCAACCAAGCAGUAGUGUUGUCAGGAGCAGUGACGGCGUCCAGAUCUCAACGAGGCUGGCUCUUUGGCAUCGGCACCCUGGGUAUCCUUCUCGCAAGCGUACUUAUUAGCCCCUGGACAGCGACACAAGAAGCCCCGGCUCCCAUCGACCCUACAGACUACGCUGCGCGAACGAAGCAUGUCCUCAGCACAACGCCACUAAUCGAUGGACACAAUGACCUUCCUUAUUUGAUCCGCAAUGAGUUGAAGCAUCAAAUCUACAAUGACAAAUUCACAUUCAACACGGGCCUUCUAAGUAACACCGAUCGGCAGAAGGUGCGAGAUGGCAUGCUGGGAGGACAGUUCUGGUCAUGCUAUAUCCAUUGCCCCAAGGAUAGUGAGACGAAGGAGGAUGUCCCGCUGGACGAACCCACUUGGACACUUCGUGACACCCUCGAGCAGAUCGAUAUAACGAAACGCUUUGUUAACGAAUUCUCGGAUAUCUUCCAGUUCUGCUCCAACUCAACUUGCGCACGGGAGGCCUUUGCAAACGGCAAAGUCGGCAGCUUCAUUGGCAUCGAGGGAGCUCAUCAAAUCGGCAAUUCACUUGCAUCAUUAAGGCAGCUGUACGACCUCGGCGCACGAUAUAUCACGACUACACAUAACUGUGACAACGUCUUCGGUACUGCAGCCAGUACUGUGACGGCCGGUCGGGAGGACAAGGGACUCACUCCCUUUGGCGAAGAGUAUGUUGCCGAAAUGAACCGCCUAGGCAUGAUGCUCGAUCUGUCACAUGUAUCUCAUGAAACAAUGCGCGACGUACUGCGGCUCAGUGAAGCCCCCGUCAUAUUUUCACACACCGGCGCAUAUGCACUUUCUAAGGUGUUGCGAUUUGCGCCUGAUGAUGUCUUAAAAGCAACCGCUGAAAAGGGAGGUAUCAUCAUGAUCACUUUCGUCAAUCGGUUUUUGAGACCGGACAAUCCAGACGCGGCGACAAUCCACGACGUUGUCGACCAUAUAUGGCAUGUUGCCCAACUUGUUGGAUGGGAUUAUGUGGGCGUGGGCUCCGACUUCGACGGAACGCCUGUCACUCCACUAGGCUUGGAGGAUGUUUCAAAAUACCCCCGUCUAGUCGAGCUGUUGAUGGAACGAGGAGCAACAGACGAGCAGCUUCGCAAAUUUGCCGGCGAAAACAUCCUCCGAGUAUGGGCAGAGGUUGAAAAGGUGGCUGAGCGCAUUCAAGCUGAAGGAAGAAAGCCCAAUGAAGCUUAUUGGGAAGGGAGAACUUGGGUACGAAGCGACAUGAACGCGCCCAUCAUGUUCAGGGAUAGCCUUGGAAAGAGAGUCCCGAGUUAUCUGGGCAACCCCUAG